AUGGCUGCUGCGCGGCUUCCUGACCGACUUCUUCGGCGGCGAGAGCUAACAGCGAAAAAAAUGAAAAAUUCUGUAACAAUGUAUCUUAGCCAUAAAACACUUGUAAUCAGCACUCCUCCAGAAAUUUCAGGAUUACAAAUCAAAGUGGAGGAAAAAGAAGACGAGACAGAGGAAAGCUCAAGUGAAGAGGAAGAGGAGGAGGAAGGUAAACUGCCUCGAAGAGAGAGCUUGAGACCAAAGAGGAAAAGAACCAGAGAUGUUAUCAAUGAGGAUGACCCAGAACCUGAACCAGAGGAUGAAGAAACAAGGAAGGCAAGAGAAAAAGAGAGGAGGAGGAGGCUAAAGAGAGGAGCAGAAGAAGAAGAAGAAAUUGAUGAAGAGGAAUUGGAAAGACUGAAGGCAGAGUUAGAUGAGAAAAGACAAACAAUUGCUACUGUCAAAUGCAAGCCAUGGAAGAUGGAGAAGAAAAUUGAAGUUCUCAAGGAAGCAAAAAAAUUUGUGAAUGAAAAUGAAGGGGCUCUUGGGAAAGGAAAAGGAAAACGGUGGUUUGCGUUUAAGAUGAUGAUGGCCAAGAAAUGGGUAAAAUUCCUUCGUGAUUUUGAGAACUUCAAAGCUGCGUGUGUCCCAUGGGAAAAUAAAAUCAAGGCUAUUGAAAGUCAGUUUGGCUCCUCAGUGGCCUCAUACUUCCUCUUCUUGAGAUGGAUGUAUGGAGUCAAUAUGGUUCUCUUUAUCCUGACAUUUAGCCUCAUCAUGUUGCCAGAGUACCUCUGGGGUUUGCCAUAUGGCAGUUUACCUAGGAAAACAGUUCCCAGGGCUGAAGAGGCAUCGGCAGCAAACUUUGGUGUGUUGUACGACUUCAAUGGUUUGGCACAAUAUUCCGUUCUCUUCUAUGGCUAUUAUGACAAUAAACGAACAAUUGGAUGGAUGAAUUUCAGGUUGCCGCUCUCCUAUUUUCUAGUGGGGAUUAUGUGCAUUGGAUACAGCUUUCUGGUUGUCCUCAAAGCAAUGACUAAAAACAUUGGUGAUGAUGGAGGUGGAGAUGACAACACUUUCAAUUUCAGCUGGAAGGUCUUUACUAGCUGGGACUACCUGAUCGGCAAUCCUGAGACGGCAGACAACAAAUUUAAUUCUAUCACAAUGAACUUUAAGGAAGCUAUCACAGAAGAAAAAGCAGCCCAAGUAGAAGAAAACGUCCACUUGAUCAGAUUCCUGAGGUUUCUGGCUAACUUCUUCGUGUUUCUAACACUUGGAGGGAGUGGAUACCUCAUCUUUUGGGCUGUGAAGCGAUCCCAGGAAUUUGCACAGCAAGAUCCUGACACCCUUGGGUGGUGGGAAAAAAAUGAAAUGAACAUGGUUAUGUCCCUCCUAGGGAUGUUCUGUCCAACAUUGUUUGACUUAUUUGCUGAAUUAGAAGACUACCAUCCUCUCAUCGCUUUGAAAUGGCUACUGGGACGCAUUUUUGCUCUUCUUUUAGGCAAUUUGUAUGUAUUUAUUCUUGCAUUAAUGGAUGAGAUUAACAACAAGAUUGAAGAGGAGAAGCUAGUAAAGGCCAAUAUUACCCUUUGGGAAGCCAAUAUGAUCAAGGCCUACAAUGCAUCAUUUUCUGAAAAUAGCACUGGACCACCCUUUUUUGUUCACCCUGCAGAUGUACCUCGAGGACCCUGCUGGGAAACAAUGGUGGGACAGGAGUUUGUGCGGCUGACAGUCUCUGAUGUUCUGACCACCUACGUCACAAUCCUCAUCGGGGACUUUCUAAGGGCAUGUUUUGUGAGGUUUUGCAAUUAUUGCUGGUGCUGGGACUUGGAGUACGGAUAUCCUUCAUACACCGAAUUCGACAUCAGUGGCAACGUCCUCGCUCUGAUCUUCAACCAAGGCAUGAUCUGGAUGGGCUCCUUCUUUGCUCCCAGCCUCCCAGGCAUCAAUAUCCUUCGACUCCACACAUCCAUGUACUUCCAGUGCUGGGCCGUUAUGUGCUGCAAUGUUCCCGAGGCCAGGGUCUUCAAAGCUUCCAGAUCGAAUAACUUCUACCUGGGCAUGCUACUGCUCAUCCUCUUCCUGUCCACCAUGCCUGUCUUGUACAUGAUCGUGUCCCUCCCGCCAUCUUUUGAUUGUGGUCCCUUCAGUGGCAAAAAUAGAAUGUUUGAAGUCAUUGGAGAGACACUGGAGCAUGAUUUCCCAAGCUGGAUGGCGAAGAUCUUGAGACAGCUUUCGAACCCUGGGCUGGUCAUUGCUGUCAUUUUGGUGAUGGUUUUGGCCAUCUAUUAUCUCAAUGCUACUGCCAAGGGCCAGAAGGCAGCAAAUCUGGAUCUAAAAAAGAAGAUGAAAAUGCAAGCUUUGGAGAACAAAAUGCGAAACAAGAAAAUGGCGGCUGCACGAGCAGCUGCAGCUGCUGGUGGCCAGUAA